AAAAUGACAUAAACAAAGGCAAAAGCACGACUAAUCCGAAAUUUUUUUUAUCGCUGGGGGAUGGGAUUCACUAGCGAUUCAUUGUUUGUCUUCGUCGAAACGUAGAACCAGUAGCUGCGAUAAGGAGAUCUGUAUUCUAUUUCUAAGUCGCUGACGCAGCGAUUUGUUACUGAAUCUGUCUUCUAAUUAAGGUUUUGAGAUGGGUUGGCUGAGGAAGAAGAAGAAGAAGCCAACAGAAUCCGAGAUAGUAGCGAUCGAGAGAGGGGCAAAGUUGUUAGAAGAUCUAAUCGAAUGUUGCGAUGGCAAAUCCAAUCCAAUCAAAUUCUUCUCUGCUGACGAGAUCAUCAAUGCCACCGACAGUUUCAGCGUGUAUUCUAAUCAUAUGUCCGGAUUAGAUGGUUAUGGCUUCCACGGGACUGAAUGGUAUUCAGGUAAAAACGAGAACCACCCCAAAAUACUGGUCAAGAAAUACCGUUUAAACGGAAAGGAAAAUAUGAUCUGCAGGGACAUAGCAGUAUCAUCGAUGGUGAGUGGUCACAAAAACUUUAUGAAAUUGGUUGGAUGUUGUCUUCAGUCUGAAAAUCUGGUUAUAGUUUAUGAUGAUGUUAAAAAACAUAACAAAUUAGAUAUAAGUAAAGAGACGUGGAAAAGGAGAAUGAAGAUAGCUGAGGAUAUCGCUACUGCUUUUGCUUACCUUCACACUGCUUUCCCUAGGCCCUUCGUGUAUAGGACGUUGGCUCUUUCGAAUAUCUUACUGGAUGAAGAUGGGGCUGCUAAGCUGAUUGAUUUCAAAUACUGCAUCUCAAUUCCACAAGGAGAAACAUUUGUCAAGGUUGACAUAGUGGCUGGAACAACCUUUAUAAUAAAGUAUAUUUUUUUUUGGUUUAGUUUAAAGAUGGAUUGGUGGUGGAGGAGGAAGAGGAACAAGAAGCAAAUAUUAGCGAGAGGGGCGAAGCUGUUAGAAGAUCUAAUUGAAUGUUGCGAUGGCAAAUCCAAUCCCAUCAAAUUCUUCUCUGCUGAUCAGAUCCUCAAACUUACCAAUAGUUUCAACUACUCUAAUCAUAUUUCCGGAUUAACUGGUUAUGGAUGCUACCACUGGACUAAAUGGUAUUCAGGUAAUAACGAGAAUCACCGCAAAAUACUGGUCAAGAAACUCUGUAUAUACCAAGAUGAAAAUAUUUGCCGAGACAUAGCAAUAUCAUCGAUGGUGAGUGGUCACAAAAGUUUUUUGAAACUAUUUGGAUAUUGUUUUGAGUCUGAAUGUCCAGUCAUGGUUUAUCAUGGUGUAAAGAAUCAUGGCAAAUUAGAUAUAAGUGCACAAACGUGGAAAAUGAGAAUAAAGACAUCAUACGAUAUCGCGACUGCUUUAGCUUACCUUCACACUGCCUUCCCUAGGCCCUUCGUAUAUAGGAGUAUGAGUCUUGGAAAUAUCUUUGUGGACGAAUAUGGUAACGCAAAGCUAACUGAUUUAUCUUACUGCGUCUCCAUUCCACAAGGAGAAACAUUUGUAUGCGUUGAUGAUACUCCAGUGGGAUUCUAUGGUUACAUUGUGGACCAUAAUUACCGGAAAAGUAGCAUCAUCUCAGAGAAAACAGAUGUAUUUUCCUUUGGAUUUUUGAUGCAAAGCCUUCUAGUUGGAAGUGAAAGAUCUUCGAAGAUUUGGGUAGAAGCUAGUGAAAAAGGUUACACUAAAAGGAAUGUCAAUGAUGACACUUACCAAUUUUGGCUAUCAAAAUUUGGUGUGGAAGAUCGAAGAAUGGAUGAGAUCGCAGAUCCACAUAUGAUAGAAAAGAUGAAUGAUAUUUCCGAGCAAGAGCUUUUUCAAAUGAAAGCUUUCCUAAUGUUCUCACUAAGAUGCGUCGGUCUUAAAGGGGAAAUCCCAACGAUGGUGGAAGUUGCCAAAGAACUAAAAAAUAUCCAAAGAUUUCUUUAUACUACGGACUCCUUUUCUUCUUCAGGUGAAACCCAAUUCAACUUUCUCCAAGACAUUUCUUCCAUAGUCGACUUGUCAAGCCAUACUACAAACACAAAGGCAUUUCUUACAUGUAUUGCAUGCCUUCACAUAUUUCACGAAAUGUUUCAAUGGCUUAUGUUGACUUGGUUUCGGUUUCUCAGAAAAAAGAAAAGAAUGUGCUGAAAAUAACCCGAUUCUUGUUUGUAAUAAAA